AUGAAGGAAAUACCAGUAUUAGAUACAAAUGAGACUAAUCCAGGACGCUUUUUGGUACAAUUAAUGCAAAUUAAUUCGACAACUGGAAAUGAAGAAACUUUAUCACUCGCUUUGACGAGAUAUUUCAAAGCAACCGGAUGGAAUGUUUUACGUCAAUCACUUAAAAGUGAUCCAUCAAGACAUAAUCUUCUUAUAAGUCGACUUCCUUAUGAACCACCAGGAAAUAAACUGAAUCUUUGGAAGGGAUUCAAUUUAAAUGAAAUUUUAUCAGGACCACGUUAUAUAAUGAACACACAUAUGGAUACAGUUCCGCCAUAUAUUCCGCCAAUAAUUGAAGGCGACAUUAUCAAAGGACGAGGUGCGAAUGAUGCAAAAGGACAGUUGGCUGCAAUGAUAUUUGCUGCACAACGAAUCGCCAAAGAAGAUGCAAAACUUGCUGAAAAUAUCGGUCUACUUUUGGUUGUUAGCGAAGAAGUUGAUCAUAUUGGAAUGGUGGAAGCCAAUGAUCUCGGUAUGAUACCAGAAUUUUUUAUGGUUGGUGAACCGACAGAACUGAAAUUUGGUCGAUUACAAAAAGGAGCAUUAAAGGUGACAUUGAAAGUUCAUGGCAAAGCGGCCCAUUCAGGAUAUCCGAACAUGGGCGAUAGCGCCAUUGAUAAACUACUUGAUAUUUUACAACAGUUACGUGAGCAUCAUUGGCCUUCAAGUGAAUCUCUCGGUGACACAACUGUAAAUAUUGGAUUAAUUUCUGGUGGUCAAGCUCUAAAUGCCUUAGCGGAAUCCGCUACAGCAUCAAUCUUUUUUCGAGUAACCACUUCUACAGACGAUAUUCUGAAUCAGUUGCAGAAAAUUGUGGCUGGUAGAGCAGAAAUAGAGCAGUCUUUUGGAAAAAAUGAGCCAAUAAGACUAUCUGAUCCUCCAGCGCCUUAUGAAUCUCAUAUUGUCGCUUUCAAUACAGAUUUGCCUUAUUUCAUUGCCCGUGAUAAACUUAAACGCGCAUACCUCUUCGGUGCUGGCUCUAUAACGAACGCUCAUUCACCUGAUGAACAUAUUCUCAUCGAGGACCUCAAUGCUGCCAUUGAUGUACAUGUUGAUAUCAUAAAAAACGCUUUAAAAGGAAAAAACUACAAUGUCGAAUGA